CGCUUAUGCAUCUUGUUGGUUGUUAGUUAUGUUCGCAUUUUCAGUGCGAUUCGAUGUAGGCCAGUGAAAUUCCGUGGGCGUUGUGAAUUUGCUUGCCGCGAAUUCGACGGUGCCGAUAAUUGUGCGCGUGUACUCGCGUUUCCUUUGUAAUCGCGCAAAAGUACUGAUCACAGUGAGCCGCGUUGAUUAAUCCGCAUCUCGAUUCCUCUCACGUACCUCGCAACCAUAUCGCAUUUAUGGCUUUUCAUUCAAUAUCGCUCCGUUCCGUUUCGCGAAUAAACACACGGUGCUUUGCGUCGUUAAAUUUAACUGCCUUUCUAAUUGUGAGAUUAAACGAUUUACAAAAAAUUCUUAUUUACAUCGUUAUCUCGGCGAUCGUGACAAAUGAUAUCUACGUUCGCGUAGAAACACUCGGGUGAGAACAGUUCAAGUUCCCUGUUUUCGUUUUCACUAGCCAGCGCUGGGUAACGUCGUCACCCGCCACUUUCGCUCUCGUCCGAGUUUCAAUGUCGUGGAACGGGAAUGCUCUACGACGUGCGCGACGGAAAAUCGCGAAGACGGGUCCGAUAUAAUUCUUUUUUCCAGUAGGAAGCACGCGGAACACGGUACAAUUCGAGACUUGAUACAGAUUUGAUAAUACUUGCUAUGUUUAUUAUGACAAGAGAUAAGUAAACUUCCGUGCGAGUUUAUACGCGACUUUCUCAUACAAUUUAACAAUUAAAUAUUACUUGUAUAACAUUCGCGCUCGCGGAAUGGUAAUAUAUGUUUAAAAUUAUGACUGUGUGUUAAUUUCAUGGGAAAUUGAUUCCAUUGAAAAUUAUUUUACGUAUCGUAAGGGAAAUACUUGGUAACAUUACGAUUUAUGACAAUAAAAAAUGUCAAGUAAGUCCGUAAGAAGUUUCAUAUUGUAUGCGAAUAAGUUGAAGAUUCCAGAAAAAGUAAUAUUUGACUGUUUUGAGGAGUAUACGGUUAUCGUAGCUCUUACUUUAAUAUUUAAACGUACUUAGGCGAUCGAAAUUCUGGCCGAGUUCAGGUAUCAAAUAUUUGAAAGCUAUACUAAUCAAUGAUGUUACAUAAUGGAUUUCGGGAUUAAAUCGAUUUUGUUUUAUCUGUAAAAAUUAAAUAUUUCUACGACAAUAUGCUCAUAUUGCGUAAAAAAUUACAUAUUUAUUUCUCUUUCUUGUUAUGAAUAAAACUCUAAAUAAUGAGUAAAACUAGAAAACAUUCCAACUAAAUAAAUUUUAAUUAUACUAAAGAGUCGUAAAAACGGAGAGCCUACUAAUUGCGUAUAAUUUGACAAUCGAAUUGUGUCGAUUUUAUAGAAUAAUAUUUGAAUAAAAUCUUUAACCAAUUUGUAGUUGAAUUUUAAACAAUAGAAAUGUCAGAGUGCAUUUUAAAGGAUCGGCGAAAAUAAUUUUACUUCCGAGUAAUGUGAUCGAAAACAAAUCGUGAUCUUACAUUCUUUAAUUAAUUUCAGCUGACCGUUUAAGAAUUUUAAUUUAAAGUUCAGUUCAGGGAGAAUUCAUUAUGUUGUAAAGCUACAACAAAUGACAAUUUCCUUUUGAUAUAUUCGUCGAAAAGUUCGAAGCCAAAUUAUUCAGGAAAUCCAUUGUUAAAAAGUAACAUGAUAGAAAUAGGACACUCUGUAUAAUUCGAUUUGUACGUAAGGUGACAUUCGUCGCGAUCGUAAAAUAAAUUUUUGUCAACAAGACGUGGCGAUCAGUUAGUUUGGUGUGUAUAAAAGACCAGUGUAUAAGAAGCCAGUGUGGUUUUGUGCGAACAGCAGUUGUUUUUGUUACAAAGCUCGUCUAGAGAAAAGCAAACUAGUCGAAACGCGCUAUCAACAAGAUAAUUAGUUUACAAGCGUGAUCCCGUGUCUCACGAUGAGUUUCGAGAAGAACUACAAUUCCAGCUCAAGUCUUUACGACUUCUACAAUCCGAUAAGUCGACUGAUCCCAGAGAUUUCUAUCGACCAAAUUUACCAGAGAAAUGAACAAAAAUCAAGUCAUUCCUUUGCACCGAUUGCAAGCAGAUCACCGAGCAGUUCGGGCACCAGCUCGUCGGGCUCUUCCACUACCCAUCUAUCGAGUCUCCCGACUGCCAGUCCACCAUAUCUCUCGCAUACCACUUCAUCAGACUUCUCGCGUACCACUUCAUCAGACUUCUCGCGUACCAGCCCGUCUAGUUUGUCCAUGAGCCCACGACGCUUCUCCAACGACAGUCCAUCAAGGUUCUCGUCUGCUAGUCCGGUCCAGGGUCUGUCGUCCAUCAGUCCUCCGUAUCUCUCGCGCAACAGCCCACCGGACUUCUCGAGUGCUGGUACAUCGUGCUUUUCGACCGACAGUUCGAUAGAGCUGUCGACUGUUAGUCCACCGUACUUUUCGCAUACAAGUCCAUCAAGUCUCUCACGAAGCAGUCCAUCGAGCCGUUCGCGCGCCAGUCCACUAGGCUUCCCGCAUGAUAAUCUUGAAUUGAAUUUCUCGACCGCACUGAACAUUUCAAACAACAACACGACAGUCUCUUCGCCUAAUGGCAAUAUAGUAGACGGGCAGCCAGCAAAUUCAAGAUAUCUGAAUCUCGCGGUAGCUUCCACAGAUGUGGAGAACAACAGAUCCAGGAUACUGCGAUCUUACAACAACGGCAACUCUGCACAUGAAUCGAAUGGAUACUCAUCCCCUUUCGUGACAUCAACGAAUAUACUCGAGCACGAAGCCAUUAUCCCGACGGAUAAUCAGAUUGAUAUACCCAGCACAUCAUCGGCAUGGCAUAUGGUUAAUAUUCCACCGCCUAGACCGCCAUCCCACUGCUCACGAAAUAUCCACGAUGUCACCCAGCAGCGUUACUGCCUCACUUGUAGCCAGCCAUACUGCAAAGACUGCUGCAUUGGUUACCACGAGAACCACGCGCAUGAAGAUUUUAUGAAGUACCUCCAGCUCACCGUAGACCAAGGCACGGACACACUGAGAAAUGCCCGCACGACGCUGAAUAUGCUCCAAACUGACUUGGAAGAUGUGCAGUUGGACGCUGAAAUGUUAGAUCAAAAAGCUAGACAGGCGGCCGCCAAUGUGAUGAGCUGUAUACGAAGGCACAUUUCUGCUCUGGAAGCCAGAGAAAAGGAACUAUUGAAUAGCAUUGAGCGAGCGCGAGUAGUGAAGUUUGACUCUCUGAAAAUGAAAGAUGAGCAAUUGAGAAACGAUAAGACACGCCUGACGAAAGUCACUUACAAGCUUUGUAACGUUCUGGACUCUUGCGACUUAUCGAGCAACCCAAAAGAGCUUCUGGCGAUCAAAGAUAUGACGAUGGCUGAGAUGUUCCAGAUCAAACAGAAUCGGCGAUAUCGAUCUACUCGCGAAGAAAGUUGGAUCUCGUUCACAUCUCUGGGGAAUACCUUGAUGCACGAAAUUGCCAAUUUGGGCAAUAUUCAAACAAGCAAUCCGGGCCCAAUCGGAGAAGGACGUGCGAUUUGCGGCGGCAAUUCGUCACAUUUGUACUUGUACACCCCGAAGAUUCCCAAAGAGAUCGGGCGUGGUCGUCCUGUGCCGGGCAACAGUUUUCCCGUGAUAGUCGGAGAAUCUGCUUACAACACUGUAGUCAAGGUGAUUGGCGACAAUGGAGACGUUCCCGAUAACCUCUGCCGUCCGUGGGGUAUAACUUGUGACAAUAGAGGUCACAUUAUAGUCGCUGACAGGUCCAACAAUCGUAUACAGAUUUACCGUGAGGACGGCACGUUCGUCAUGAGAUUCGGGUCCCAAGGGACCGGACAAGGCCAGUUCGACCGUCCAGCCGGAAUUGCCGUCGACAGUAGACAACGUAUCAUCAUCGCCGAUAAAGACAACCACCGCAUUCAGAUUCUUCAGAUGGACGGCACAUUCGUGAAUAGCUUCGGCCAGAAGGGUCACGAAAACGGCCAGUUCAAUUAUCCGUGGGACGUGGCGGUGAACUCGGAAUGCCGGAUCGCGGUAUCGGACACCAGGAACCACCGUGUGCAGCUAUUCAGUCCCGACGGUGUGUUUCUAUGUAAGUACGGCUAUGAGAACACGCCGAACAUGUGGAAAUACUUCGACUCGCCGCGGGGGGUCUGCUUCACUCCCGACGGCAGCCUCAUAGUUAGCGACUUCAACAACCACACGCUGGUGUCCAUCGAUUCGCGAUUCUCGAGCGCGCGCACGUUGACCUGCGAGGCCGUCGAUAACAGUAACAAGCCGUUCCUACGACCCCAAGGCGUGGUGGUCGACGACAAAGGCAAUAUCAUCGUCGCCGAUUCUCGCAAUCAUCGUAUACAGGUGUUUAACUCGAGCGGCAGAUUCCUGUGGAAAUACGGUGUUCACGGCACGAACAUGAAAGAGAUGGACCGGCCAGCCGACAUCGCCCUCUUGCCCGACGGCAAGAUCGCGAUUGUUGAUUUCGGGAAUAACCGCGUGCUGGUGUUGGACCGCGUGAUCGAAUCCGUAGAGUCUAUGUAAUGAGGACAAGAAUUGUCACACAGAAAUCAAGUGUGGCAGACUUGAGCGGCCGCGACUCUCGCAUAUCUUGCGUUUACAAGCGCGCGGCGGAAUUUUCAAUUAUUCACUCGUCUUCUUAUUGCUGUAUAGAAUCGUCACGUUACAAUCGUAUUCUGGAAUUCGACGAUUCAUGUAGCCACUAGUCCCUGAUGCGUGGACACUGAAAAUCAAAUUGUUGACAAAGAAGCAGUCUGCACGUUUGAUGUUUCUUGUGUUAGAUAACUGUUUUAAUUACUGUUACAUACUUUUAGUUUUAAUUGGAAAAAUAACAUCGAUAUUCGUAAGAGUAAUAUGCACCUCAACGGAAUUAUUUACCUUGCUGUUCAGCGAGACGCUUUUUAUCGCAAUUUCGUCUGACGCAAAAUUACAAGACAAUUUCUCUGCUUGUAAAAAUAAUUAUUUCCUCUACUCGAAAGAUGAAAACAUCUAUUCCUUCUUGAUCGAGGACAAGAGCUGCAUAUUAUUCUUGCAAUCGAUUAUAAAAAUAAUUUUAUUACGAUUGUACAUGCAUAUACUCUGUGCAAAAUGGACGCAUAAAAUGCGCAUGUAGUUUUGAUGUUAGCAUGGCGUUCACGCUAUUUGUCUCCGUUACGAUUUAAAACCAGAAAACCGGAGAUUGAUGACAGAGAAGGAAUCGUGUAAGUGCUACACGUUUUGUGUAAUUAAUUGACAAAAUCAAUCGGCACAUCGUCGAGAAAAGUGAUGGCGAAAAAAAUUAAUAUAACGAAAUAUGGAUAAAUUUAAACACAUCCAUAAGAACUUUUUUUCUUCAAAUUUUAUAUUAAUCUUUUACUUAUUAUCUUUAAUUAUUGUGUAUGAAUUGUGAACUUUUUAUUACCAAUUCUUAAUUGCUUGUCUCAAAUAUUAUUAAAUUUUUUGUUAAUUAAUACAAAAAACAAAUUUUGAAAUAUUUUAUAACUGAAAAAAGCAGUGAUUAAAAUUACUCUAAUAUUAAUUUUCUUAAUCUGCGGUCUACACUCUUUAAGAUAUAUUAUGUACUUUGAGAUAUAUUGUGUCUUUGAGAUAUAUUUUGAAUGUUUUUAUUAUGUAAAUAUCUUGAUUUUGCGGAUCAUUAUUUCUCAUUAAAAAUUUCAGAAUUGCAUUCUUUCUCAUGAUCAGUUCCAUAUUAUGCAACUUGUUAUUUGCUUUCUAUAUAUUUUUAGUGUUGAAUAUUUUAUAUAUUUUAAAUACUUGUAACUACUAUAAAUUGUCAGACGGUACUGAGUGGCAUUGACGGCAUUGAAGGUAUUGACGGUAUUGUGUACGGUAUUGAAUUGCAACUAUGCAAUUAUGUGUAACGUAUACUACUAACGAUUUCUUCCAACUAAUCGCAUUGUGCGUAAGAAUUUGUUUUAAAUAUAAGAAUAUAUAUAUAUAGUUUUUACUCAAUUAUA